AUGCACUCCCGUUCUUCCAGUCAGCACCCCAAGCGAUCACUCUCCCUGACCUCGUCCAAUUCGACUUCGACCCGAGACAGCCAGCCGCUCUACGAGAAGCCCAAGUCCAACUUCUUGUCCUCCAAACGGUUCCAUCCGCGCUCCAAGUCUCCUACACCGGUCAACAUCCCUGAUACCUCGUCUCGCCAAUCCAUGGCCUCCCAGCCUCGAGAUAUCCCUCGGAGUGCACCCAAAAUGUCAUAUUUUGACGACGACCACCACUCGACGAGCCCCGUUCAAAUGUCCCCCGACAACUCUUCACCUCGUUCACCUAAAGAGGACUUUGGCACAAAGUGUGCCCCCACUUCGACCCGCAAGACCAGCGAUGACUACCGUCGCUACAGUGGCACGGUGAACCACUGCGGCCGGCAUUCAAACGAUUGGCUCUUCGGUGGCUUCAGUGUCCGAGACACCGUCCGAGAUAGCUUCGAGAAGCUGCGCCAUCAUGAUGAAAAAGAGAGCUGA